AAUACGGAUCAGAUUUUUAGUCAUUAACUCAUACACUAAUGACAAAAAUGUAAUCCAUUAAUGAGAAUUGAUGUGAUAAAUUACCGAAAUAUUCUAAUUCUUAUCCUGUUAAAAAUUAAAUAGCAGACAGAUCCACGUAGGAUUUGGUAAGAGAAUUAAAGCAAAAAAGAUGCGCAAAACUGUACCACCCCUUGGCAGACCGACCGUUUCGGUUACCGUUUCUCUUAUUGCAUUCGGUUUAAGCACAUUAUCUUAACCGGAACUAAUAUUCAAAUCUUGGGGAGAAGUUAGCUUAGUUUUAAUGUGGUUGUGUAUGUUUCUUCUCCAAAACCAAACCACCAGAUAAUAGAAAAAGCUGUAUCACCUGCUCCAUUUCAUCCACUCCAUCUUUUUCUACUAACAAAUUUUCUUCAUAUGUAUAUAUAUACCCUUGGGAUCAUUUAGCUGAAACAACAAUCGUAGCUUCUCUGAUCAUCUUUCUUGUCCAAUGGCAGGUCAAAAGAUACUCUCCUUCCUGGUUCUAGCUCUCUUUGUUAGUUUCACAGCUGCGGCUCGACUUCUUGAUGAAGAAGAUACGUUCCCAGCCACAACCACCCCUGGCUCAGGUCCCUUCCCUGGUCCUCUACCAGCGUCUGGCUCAGGUUCUGUAGGAACUGGCUCGGGUUCUGCGGGUACCGGUUUCAGUUCAGGAACAGGAUCAAUACCAUCAAGUGGUUCAGCAGGUGCUGCUGCAACUGGUCUCGGUGCCGGAACAGGGACAGGCUCAUCAAGUGGUUCAGGUCCUUUGACUACUACUGGUUCUGGUCCUCUACCAAUCGCUGGCUCUGUUCCUGGUCCUUUACCGGUCAGUGGUGGUCCAGGUUCCUUGCCUGCCACUGGUCCCGGUCCUUUACCAGCUGCUGGUUCUGGUCCUCUACCGGCUGGUGGUUCAUCCACUGGUCCCGGUGUAGGUGCCGGUCAAGCUCUUGGAGGUGGUGCAGGUGCCGGUCCAGCUCUUGGCGGUGGUGGUGUAGGUCCUGACCACACAUUAGUAUUCUUCAUGCACGAUAUACUCGGCGGCUCAAACCCCACGGCUAGAGCCGUAACCGGAGUCGUUGCGAACCCGGCUUUAAGUGGCCAGCUCCCAUUCGCUAAACCCAAUGGCGCAAACCUUCCUAUAACCAACGGAGUUCCAUCUAACAACAACAACAACGGUAUCGUCAACAACAACAACGUCCCUCUUCUCGUUGGACUAGGUGGGACCACGGCUAACAUCCUCCAGAACAACGGAAAUAACGGUAACAACAACCUUUUAAACGGUCUACCGGUUGCUAACGGCGGUCAGCUCCCGAGCGGUUCCGCUCUACAGAUGCUUAUGUUCGGGACAAUGACAGUGAUUGACGACGAACUAACUGAAGGCCACGAGCUCGGGUCUGGUCUGCUCGGGAAAGCGCAGGGAUACUAUGUGGCGAGUGCGGUUGAUGGAACUAGCCAGACGAUGGCGUUUACUGCCAUGUUUGAGAGCGGCGGUUAUGAAGAUAGUAUAAGCUUCUUUGGUGUUCAUAGAACAGCGGCUUCGGAGUCGCAUUUAGGAGUUAUGGGAGGGACCGGGAAGUACGUGAACGCGAGAGGAUUUGCGAUUGUGAAGACGUUUACAGGAUCUAGCGGGACGCAACAGCAGCAGCCGCAUCAGUUCACUGAUGGACUUGAAACUGUUCUUCAGUGUACUGUCUAUCUUUCUUACUAGUUUUUAUUUUAAUGUUAUGCUUGGAGUUUGGGAAUGUUUGGUGUGGAAUGUAUGUGAUUUUAUCAUUUGUAAUAUAAACGUGAAAGAGUUCUGUAAGAAAAUAUACUUGAAUUUGGGUUUUGUCUUUUUGUCACAUUUCUUAAAUUUUAAGUUAAUUGUUUCAAAUUUCAAUACUAAGAAGGGUAUCAAAUCGGGGAUUUGUUUUUCUUUUUGUUAGGAUAUACAUUUUCGAUUUUUCUGUUUACAAAGUAUAUAAAAUCACAAGAAAACCAUAUACAAUUGUAAGGGUAGGCAAAACCCCAACUUGAAAAUCCAAACUAAACAUAUAUAUCGGAAUGGAUCCUUUCUCUGUAGCAUUUUAGGUUUUGAAUUUUACUCAAACCAAUUCGGAUAAAAACUCAGAAAUUUCAAAACAUCAACAAAUCAUACCAAACUCAAACUCAAUAUCGAUUAAAUAUCCAAAUAUUCAAAGAUUCUAAUAAAUAUUUAUUACAUAAAUAAUUAACUCAAAUACCAUGCUUAAUGUAAAUUUUAAUGUUAGGUCAAAUGUUGAGAUUUUUUUAAAUGUUUUAGAAUUACAUUGAAGUUUAAUUAUAAAUAAGUUUGUUUUGGAGUUUAAACAAUAUCAUUUUACUUUUAAAAUUUAAAUAAUAUUGCAUACAUUUAUAGAGUUGUUAUUGGCUUAUUGCUACUUUAGUUUUUUUUCUCUUCGUCUUUACAAUUAUUUAUAAAUCAUGUCACCAUCUUAUGGUAGUGCAAAUUAUUUAAAUUUGCCAAGUUUGUGAACUAAAGUGUUGAUUUUCGAAUAAUAAACAAGUUUUUAGGUAAUGUAAACCCAAAUUAGAACUGAACCUAGAUUUAAAACGGCUUCAACUUGGUUUGAGAUGUGUUAAUAUAUUUGAAUUCUCUGAGGAAAUCCGAACCAAAAUUUUAAAAUAUUCAAAUGAGGCUGAAUUUCAUCUCUCUAACAAAACAAAAACUGAGUGAAUCCAAACUAAACCCAAUUGGCCACCCAAAUGUCUAUGAAUAGUGUGUGUAUUCGAUUUAUUAGUAGUUUUGAAAUUUUGAACAAGAUUUAAGUUUUAAUCGAUUAUAUCUUUUUUUUUUGUUUCGAUUCGGUUUAAAAUUAACAGUGAAGAGUAAAUGUAUUGUGGGCUAGAAAACUUUUGAUGAAUAUCAUAUGGGCCUAAAGAGACUACAAGGCCUAUAACUAUCAUUGUGCGAGGGAAAAAUACUAAAGAUGCUACUACUGUGGAAUACGAACUAGUCAAAUACAUUUUAAAACCGUUUGCACAUUUUUUUUGGAAAUGAAAGUCAUUCUGACAAAGUUCGUUUAAAAGUCAAUUAUUAAAUAAUAACUUAAUUAACAAAAUGGAUGUUUUUUUUUUGUAAAAAACAAACAAACAAAAUGGAUGUUGAGAAUUAGUUGAGAAAAAUUCAUAAAAAGUUCUCCAGGUUCACUUUGUUUUGGUGUCGUAGUUCGUUUAAAAUUUGCCAAUUAUUAAAUUAAUAAGAAUAAUAACAAUAAACGUUUGAACAAUGGAAUGAUAAAAAGAUCGAGACAAUGUCAAACAGAUUUCAUUUGUAUGGCUCAAACGAAGCAAAGCAUGUCAUGUUAUAAAAGUGACAUAAUGAUACUCUAUCAUUAGUUGCCGUCAUUGGAGAUUUGCUUGGUGGGAAACGUGAAAGAAGAGUAUUUGACAUAAUGAUGAGAUUUGCAUGGUGGAAAUUGUGAAAAAAGUUUUCUAGAGAAAUAUCCAAAAUUAUAAGAAUUCACCCAAAAUAUUAGAAAAUUACUAAAAAGUAAGUCGAUUUAUCAGUUGAUGAUAACUAAAGAAAUUCGAAUAUCUUCAAACAGUAUAUUAGUUAUACAUUAUUUUCAGGUUACACAUGCAUUUAACUAUAUACUAGAUUUUAACCUGCACGUCCAUGCGGAUAAUUUUUCAUUUUAUAAAUUGAUAUUAUUACAAAUAUUUUAAAUUUAUAAUUUUCAUUUUAGUAUUAUAUAUUGUAUAACUCUAUAAUAUUAUUGUUUAUAUUUCUAAUUUGGCAUUCUUAAUAUAUAGUGAUUUUUUAAAUACAUUUUAUUUUAUUAUUAAUUUUUAUUAUUUACUAGUAUAUUUUCGAGUAAGGUACAAUAAAAAAAUAUAUAAAAUAAUCAAAUAGAUAACCUCCUUUAAAAUACGAGUUUUCUUUAAUUUAUACAUUUUUGUAUAAAACGUUUUAAAAUUUUAUAUAUUUAUACAUAGAAAAAAUAUGUAUAAGAUAAGUUACAUUUACAUGGUGUGUUUAAAAUAAUUAUAUUGUAACAUAUAUUAUUUAUUACUUUACCGGGUUUAUAAGUAAAAAAACAAUAAUUUGUUUAAAUUAUAUACCCCCUAUUAUUUUAGUAAAUUUUAUACAUAGUAACAUCUAUCAUAUUAUUUUAGUAAAUUUUAUUGAUAUAAUAUAUUUUUUGGAUGUUAUGAUAUUAAGUAUGUUCUCUUUUUGUUUUUAAUUAAAAUUUCAAAGUAAUAGAUUUCUUUAAUUUUUACAAGAUAUAUAUUUUAUUUUUUCUUGGUGCAUUUCAAAAAGUUAUUCUUUAUUAUCUAUAAGUUUAUCUUUUGUAAAAUUUGAAAUAUUAGCAUUUUGAGUUUGAAUCUUUAUUUUCAAAAUCAUAUAUUCCGUCAAGAAAACUUUAUAAAAAUUACACUACUAUUUUUAAGUUUGGAAGUUUACAUGAGUUUUGAAUUUAGUUUUGUUACUACAUUAAUACAUUAUUUUAUAAAAAAAUAUUUAAAUAUUUGGUAAUAUUUUCCUAACAGAUAUUAUUCUUUCUCAACAGAUAUUGUUAUAUUUAAAA